AUGUCAGCUGCACCAAAUGUGAAUGCCAGUUCUCUUUUCAAGAACCUGGAUGGCUUCUACAUGAGCAUCUUCCAGGACGAGGACACCGUACAAUCCGCUAUGUCUUACAAGCCCCGGUCCGACGACAUCUUUAUUGUCACGUACCCUAAAUGUGGAACAACAUGGACACAGUACAUUGUCCAUUGCAUCUUGUAUGACGGUGUCCUUCCCAAGGACUUCACAGAAUUCUUUCUAAGGUCACCUUGGCUUGAGUUCUUGGGCUCCGAGGCUGCAGAAAAAAUGGUCCGCCCAGGCGUCAUCAAAUGCCAUCUUCCCUUCCAUAAGCUUCCUUACUCUGAGAACGCGAAGUACAUAUUUGUGGUUAGAAACCCGUAUGACGUCUCCGUCUCCUUCUAUCACCACGCUAGAGGCAUCCCUAGCAAUGGGCUUGAAGACGCACCGUUUGAUACAUUUUUAGAUUUGUUUUUAAGUGGCCAAGUUGGCUACGGAGACUAUUUUGACCACUUGCUAUCUCUCUACAAGCACCGAAACAAUUCAAAUGUUUUGUUCUUCAGGUACGAAGACUUACAAAAGGACAUAAAGGCUUGGGUGCUCAAGAUCGCUGACUUCCUCGGUGAAGAGUACGGUCAAAAGCUGAGACAUGACAACGUGCUCCUCGACAAAGUCGUGAAAGCCACCAGCUUUGAAAGCCUGAAAAAAACAGUCAAUGACGGCGUGAAAACCCUGAUGCAUGAUCUUUUCUCACUUCCCCCUGAGAGACAGUUUAAGUCUUUGCAAGUUUACAGUCAAAGAUCUGGCGGAAGACCGAAGUUGGAGCUCAAGCAUGAACUUCUUCGCAAGGGUGUCCUUGGGGACUACAAAAACCUCUUCUCGGCUGAACAGAUUAGACGGAUGAAGGAGCGAAUCGUGUCUAAGACAAAAGAAAGCGACGUUAUGAAUUUGUGGAUUGAUAUUGGGCUUCCACGAUAA